AUGGCAAAGAACGUCAAGAAAGACCUUCUGUGUACGCAAAUUGGCGAAUCACUAGCUGACCAAUUGGAGCGCACAUGCGCCUGUGUCGCUGGUGUCGCUGGCAAUGAGCAGAAGAGCUGCCUGGCGUGCGUGAUACAAAUCCAUCAAGCGGCCAGGUCGAACAGCGAUGUUAGCGAGGGAAGCAGCAGCAGCAGCACGAACAGCGAACAGACGGUCGCAGGACCCUAUUCAUGCAUCGAUACGCAUUUUCCGUAUACCACGGGUCAUCCAGGGCUCGUCGACUCGGAGGUCUCUCCCCCAGCUCGCCCGAUACAAUAUACGGCACGCGGGCGAAAACGGCGCGCAAAGCUGACGGUGCCAAUUUUCGACGACCCGGAGAGCUUGCAGAUUGUGGAACAGCUCGCUAGGCAGUAUGGUCAUGUCUCCCAUAUGGGCAUUCUGGAUCGGAGCUAUAUCUUCUUCCUCAACAAGGCCCGAACCGCGGCGCUUGCAUACAAAAUCCAGAACCAAGUCGCCAUCGUGUCGGGGCAGCCACUAUGUCCCCGGGAGAUGUUCACGGAGGUUCUGGAUGAAUUCAACAGGUUUCGAAAAUCCUUCGGUUGGAGCGUGGUGUUUAUGGGGGCCGACGAUGACUUCGCUGGAUAUGCAUGUCGCCGGCGCUGGACGACGAUGAAAUUCGGCGUCGAGCGGGUGAUCAAUCCGACAGACAACGAUCUGCUCAUGGAACGCACGGGGAAAAGGCUCAUCACGCAAAAUAGGCAGUUGUUAUCUCAGAACAAGGGUGGCACCACACUGGGGAUAUACAUCCCUUCGCGGCAGGAAGACCCGGCGUUAGAGAAGGAUUUGCAGGACUUGUACGAUACAUGGCGGACGCAGCGCAACGAAACCAACACAACGCUACAACCCUUCAUCACGGUAUAUAACCUCUUCGACUUUGCGAACCUCAUGAUUUUCAUCUACUCGCGCAGUCCGGACGGAGCCAUCAACGGCCUGGCAGCGCUGCGCUGGAUGGGCGCAAAACAAGGCUAUCACUUGGACCCAUGCAUCGCAGCCCCUGGCGCCCCUAAGGGGAUCAGCGACUUGCUGGCAUUUUCAGCAAUGUCGCUGUUGAAGCAGCUCAACGUGUCGUAUCUCAGUCUCGGCUACGAACCGCUCCAGACGCUCGGCGAAGUCAACGGCAUUGCGCUACCGUUUGAACGCAUCGCCAGAGCAGUCUACAAUCACAGCGUCCAACACCUGCCUGUCGGUGGGAAGAAGGCCUAUCAUGACAAGUUCCGACCUGACCCAGAUCUAGAAUCGGGGCUGUACAUGGUGUUUCCGUUCGGAGUUCCUGGUCCGCGCCAGGUCGUCGCUAUCGCGCACAUGGCCAAUAUCCGGAUUCGAAAGCUCGCUGCUAUCCAGCGCAAGUCUGUUAUGCAGAGUCAUUAG